CUGGAUGCCACCAAAGACAGCCUUACAGCAAUUAGGGAAAUUAGUACAAUGUCAACUGGAUUACUUUGAAACAAUAGGACAUCAUGAGGCAUCUUUACCCAACUUUAUUUCCAAAGGUUGUUUAAGCAAACUCGACGAUGGAUCUAUUCAGAUUGAACUGGGAUCGGACACAUUUAUCCAAGAUCAAAAAUCACUUAUCACAAUAGAAGAAAAUACACUCAAGGAGAAACUGAGACAAUGCCAACAGUCAGACAACAAAAAGAGCAGAGCAACAAAACGGAGGUUACUGGACACACCACAGAAAGGGAAAAGUGGCAAAAGGGUACAGACACAAUCUACUCCAAGAAAAUUGAAGACUACAGAUUAAAACUGAGAAACAAAUUAAUGCGGUGGACAUAAUCCUUCUUUGUGUAUUUAUCAUAAUUUGACUUGUAUUGUGAUUUAUUUUUCUGUGUAACACUUUAAAACCGAAAAUGUAAUUAUUAAAACAUCGUCUGCUACUAUAAACAUAUUGUUUGUGUUACAUAUGUUAUCAGCAAUAGAGGUACAGCUUAUCUCAGUAUGGGUCACAUUCCUAGUGCAAUUAGAAUUGUCA